AUGUCCCGACCUCCAUCCGCAGAGCGAGGAUCCACGACGGCCUACAUGCCCUCUUCUCCGGUCUCAGCGCAGUCCAACGCUUUAUCAAGACGGCUCAGCUGGUCUCUCCUGCCCGAUUCCUCUCCUUUCGGGCUCGGCAUCGCCCCACCGCAGGAGGUACCCCCGAAUUGGGGGAGUCCGAACCUCUCCCCUUCGUUUUCCUCAUCCCAGGUACCGUCAGCGAGAGGGCGUACAUCUCCCAAACCGGAACCGCUCAACCUCUCCCUCGCCAUUGGAUCGUCUUCGCCACGAGCUAGCUUUGGACAUAUGAGGGAAGCGAUGGAAUCCACUGCUUCGUUGGCCCUGGAUUCGCCGGGGUUCAACGCGGAGGAAGAAGAGGAUACGGUGCACCUUACCGCUUCCAUCGCAGAAGGGGACCGGUCCUUCACCGCAGAGCCUGGUAGUGCACGGUCGACACCGAGGAAGAGCCCAGGGCGAAUGAGAGAUAGACAUGCGAGAGGGACGAGCGUGACGGGGCAGGCGAUGAAGGCUAUGGGGAAGAGCCUGAGGCGGGUCAGUGUGAGAGUCGUCAACUUCGGCAACGGUGGAGAGGAUAGAGGGGUUCGGUUACCUGACGACGAAUUUGGAGGAGUGGAUCAGGAUGCUAUGACCCUGAGGCAAAGUGUCGCCCAGCGUCUGGGAACAAGAGGGGAGGAAGUCGUCAAGCAGCGGGAGAGCAUGCGUGGUCGCUCUUUAGAACCUGAAGAUGGAGAGAGAGAGACAACUCCCCCGGAGAGGGAGGAACCGGCUUAUGACGUUCAUGAGCGGCUCAGGGGGACAACACUGUGCUUGUUUGGGCCGAGGAAUUAUGUGCGUAGGAAGAUGCAUGAUUUCCUGCUUUGGCGGUGGACGGAACCGAUGAUACUUGUGCUUAUCAUUGCUAAUGUUAUCAUACUCACCAUCCAAGCCGUGCCGAACGUGUACGCCACACCGCGAGAAGCAGGCUUCUUCGGAACAUGGGAAGACUUUGCGCUCUUUGGACUCUUUGUUGUCUUUACGCUGGAGGCACUUGCAAGGAUCCUCGUCUCCGGACUUAUCCUCGAUCCGGAGACUCCUCUUCGUUCCCUUUGGGCCCCAUUUCCAGAUUCGUCACGCGUCACCGAACAAGGCACUCUGCAUCGUUUCAGAACCAGGUUCAAGCAGGUCAUCGACCUCCCUCAUCGGAGCGCUUCGGGAAGGAACCUCAGUCGAGUGGGGACCAAUUCCAGCGUGGGGGAGAAAUCAGGGACGAGCAGCAGUACCACACUCAACGGGAACGUGUACGCCAACGGGAAUACGUACGCUACUCCUGCUCAGCGGAAGGUGUACAUGGAGAAUCCCUCUUCUACCGCUCUCAUGGGCUCACUACGGCAGAUCGAGACGCCCUUCCAGGCUGCUGUAAGACGGCAGAACGUCCUCUCCCUUCAAUCACGCCCUUAUCUCCGCCACGCCUGGACGCGUAUCGACGCCAUUGCUGUUGUAAGCUUCUGGAUCAUGUUCGGGCUUGCUGUGUCCGGACUCGAGACGGGUCCGACGCAGCAUAUAUUCAUCUUCCGCGCUCUCAGCGUCCUGCGUGCCGCACGUCUGCUAACGAUCACGUCUGGAACGACUACGAUCCUGAACUCGCUCAAACGCGCCGGUCCGUUGCUGGUCAAUGUCGCCUUCUUUGUCUUGUUUGCUAUGAUCCUCUUCUCGAUCAUCGGUGUUCAGUCCUUCCGAGGCAACUUCCGCCGUUCCUGUGUACUCAUCGCAAACCUCACCGAUACUGGUCCGCUCAACAUCAGCCUUCCGCAACUCUGUGGCGGCCAGAUCGACGCUGUUACACUCAACGUGACAAGCUACUGGACAGCAGACAACGUUCAGCGCCCCGAGCCUCCAAAGGGGUUUAUCUGCCCCCUAGGCUCAAUAUGCCAGGAAGGCACUAGCAACCCAAACGGCAACAGCCAGAGCUUUGACAAUAUCUUUGCAGCUGCGAUGCAGGUUAUCAUCGUUGCGAGCGCGAAUACGUGGAGCACCGUCAUGUAUGAUAUGAUGGAUGCCGACUUUUUCGUUUCGUGCUUGUUCUUCAUCGUGUGCAUCAUCGUCCUCAACUUUUGGCUCAUAAACAUGUUUGUCGCGGUGAUUACCAACUCGUUCGCGGCUACCAGAGCGGAGACGGCGAAGAGCGCGUUCGGGGCUGACGUACCCGUGCCCGUGCUGAACGAGGAGAAGGACGACGGCUGGCCGUCUGUUCAGGGCCGCAAAGUGCAGACGAAUAUCGUACGCCGGACGUACGAAUUCGUCAAGCCUGGAUUUGUAGUUGCCAUUCUCGUCAGUCUCGUUGUCCAGGCCAUGCGAACCGCGAACAUGUCCGCAGAGAAGGCAGCUUUCCUGAAUGCCGGGGAGAUGGCCUUCACGUUUAUAUUUGAUAUGGAGAUCAUAUGGCGACUCAUAGGUUAUUUUCCAAUGUGGCGCAAGUUCUUCUCCAGCGCACAGAACAUCGUCGAUCUUACUCUUGCCCUCGUCGCCUCCAUCAUUCAGAUUCCCGUCAUACACGAUUCUCGCGCUUACGCAUGGCUCACCGCAUUUCAGAUUGCAAGAGCAUAUCGUGUGAUUCUGGCGAUUCCGCGAAUGCGGAGGUUACUGCUCCAAGUAUUCGGAAGUGCCGUCGGUCUUGCCAACAUGACGUUGUUUUUGCUCUUGACCAACUUCAUCGGCGCUCUCAUCGCAGUCCAACUCUUACGUGGGGAUGUGCCUGCCUAUCCUGAUUCUGCUACACCGAUGACGUUCAACGAGAUGUCAAUCGCAUUUCUCGGCAUGUAUCAGGUCACUUCUUCAGAAAAUUGGACCGACGUGCUAUAUAAUGCCCUCUCGGCAGAAGCGAGUUUCCAGCAGCUUGUCAUCUCGGCGCUUUUCAUCUGCCUCUGGUUCCUAUUUGCCAACUUCAUCAUGAUUCAAAUGUUCAUUGCUGUGAUCAACGAGAAUUUUUCCAUCGCCGAGGAACAGAAGCGAGCGGAGCAGCUUAGUGCUUAUCUACAGAAGCAAACCGAGCCAGCUGCCACCAGCGUCAGCUGGAUGAGUCAGUGGAAUCCUUAUCGGUUCAUGCGCCCGGCUCCUCGCUCUCUAGCCGUGGAGAGCUUGCCAGCCAAUUUGGUCCUCCCCAUGCAGAAAAGCUUGGUCCGCGAGAACUACGGCGCUCCGACGGCUGGUGAAUCAAGGACGGAACAAAGCAUCAAUGGCUUCAUCGGUUCCGUGCGGAAGUUCUUUGCUAUGGAGGAAGACCGCGAAGAGGUGCCGCUCGAGACCCUGCGCGGUGUCAACCGAGAAUCAGUAUUCUUCGGCGAUUCGGAUGAGUUGGGAGGUACAGAGCGUCAGUUUGGUGAUGUGACUGGGUCCAACCCUAGUGCUGCUGCGCAAGAGGCCAUGGAUGCGAGGUUUGAACAACGCGCCCGACGAGCCGAUUUCAUUCGCGAACACCCCACGUACGACAAGCCGUUUUGGAUAUUUUCUCAGUCCAACAAACUCCGGCAAUUCUGUCAGACGCUUGUCUUUCCAGCGAACGGCGAGCGAAUCUUCGGACGCGAGACAUCAAUCUUCCGUCAAACGAUCUUCCAGAUCGUUCUGUUUUUGACUGUCAUUGGUGGUAUCGCUGUGGCCGCAGUUGCCAACCCUGUGUAUCGGAGAGAGUACCAUCUGGAACAUGGCCUUUUCCGUGGAACCUGGUACGACAUCACAGAAGCAGCUUUCGUCAUGGCUCUCGUCACGGAGUUCCUUAUCAAGGUUAUCGCGGACGGCUUUGCUUUCACUCCGAAUGCAUAUCUGCUCAGUGUGUGGAAUAUCGUGGACUUCGUCAUUCUUAUUCUUCUUAUCGUCAACGUCCUAACCACCUUCAUCGUUGUUGGCGGUAUCAGUCGAUUUACUAGAUCUCUGAAAGCAUUUCGAGCCCUUCGUCUGAUCACUCUCAUCGGUCGUAUCCGUGAAUCUUUCCAGCUGCUCCUCUUUGCCGGUGCGAUGCGAAUUGUGGAUGCUGCUCUGCUCGCUAUUCUGUAUAUGAUUCCCUACGCUAUCUGGGGUUUGAAUAUGUUCGCCGGCCUCCUGUUCAGUUGCAAUGACAUCGGCGCUCCGGGGCAAGACACGUGUUUUGAAGAGUAUACCAGUUUUCCUAUCCAAGAUGGAGAACUGGGUUUCUUAGCACCACGAGUUUGGGCAAAUCCAAAGACAUCAACCUCAUGGUCAUUCGACAACUUCGGCUCUUCCCUGUUAAUUUUGUUCGAGACUGUCUCUCUCGAAGGGUGGAUUGAUGUCUUAAGGGCGGGAAUGGCAAUCACCGAAACCGGCUUACAACCUCAGACGAAUGCAUCAGAAAUCAACGCAAUUUACUUCGUCGUUUAUAAUCUUCUUGGAGCCAUCGUCAUUUUAACGCUCUUUGUCAGCAUUAUUAUCUCGAACUUCAGUAAUCGUUCAGGAAGCGCGCUGCUUACUACGCAGCAAAGACAAUGGAUCGACCUUCAGAAGCUAAUUCGUCGUCAAAGGCCUGCUCGACGACCAGAGAUUACACCGAGUGAUCCAUUCCGAAGGUGGUGUUUUGAUCGUGCGGUGCAGAAGCAUGGAUGGUGGUCGAGGACUAUGACAGUGCUUUACUUACUCCAUAUUGUGGGUCUCAUGACGCAAACUUAUGAAGAUGUCUUGAUCUACGACAUAUUUCAGAAUAUCUUUUUCUUGAUUCUCUCUAUCAUAUACACCGUGGAUAUCGCUGUUCGAUUGACUGGGCUUGGCUGGAAGAGCUUCAGUGGCAACGGUUGGAAUCUGUUCGAUAUUUUCGUUGUUGCGGGGAGUUUCUCCACUACCGUGCCCGCGCUUCUUGGCUCUUCCGAUAAUGUUGUGCUUCAACUCCAGAAGCUCUUCCUCGUCAGCAUUGCCUUCAAAUUGGUGCAGAAGAACAACGACCUCAAUCAGCUCUUCAAGACCGCUGUUGCAAGUCUGCCGGCCAUAAUGAACCUAUUUUUGCUCUGGUUGACCUUAUUCAUCUUUUUUUCGAUCUUAUUCAUGGAAGUUUUCGGUUUGACCCGAUGGGUGAGCGGAGAGAAGCAUAACAUCAAUUUCAGCAGCAUGGGCAAUGCCCUCGUGAUGCUUUCGUUCAUGAGCACAGGAGAGGGUUGGAAUCAGUUCAUGCAUGACUAUGCUGUCGUAUAUCCGAGGUGUAAUAACUCCACGCCGCAAGAUCCCGACUCAGACUGUGGAAGCAUUGGUUGGGCUUUCACCCUUUUCAUAACGUGGAACGUCCUGAGCAUGUAUAUCUUUGUGAACAUGUUUACUGGUGUGGUCGUCGAAAGCUUUUCCUACGUUUUCCAGAUGUCUGGCGCCUCACCGAUUACUCGUGAUGAGAUGCGCAGGUUCAAGGAAGUUUGGGCCAAGUACGACCCUGAGAGGACGGGGCGUCUGAUGCGCAGCGACUUCAUUUCAUUCUUCAGGGGCCUCUCUGGAAUUUUUGAAGUCAAGAUCUAUCCGUCUCAGUACUAUGUACAGGCAAUCAUGGACGAGUCCCGUGCAAACGAUGAGCUGGCAAAUGCUCGCUUUGAAUACAUCAAAGCCGGUUUAGACAUGAGGAAGCUGGAGAAUGUUCUCUCAGGAAUGGACAGAGCCGAAAUACAUCGUCGGCGAGCGAGAUAUAACCGCCUCUAUCAUGAAGCCAUCAUUGUAGACGAAAACAAUGCACGCCGUGGAAUCUCAUUCACAGAUAUGCUCAUUAUGCUCGCCCACUACAAGCUGAUCAAGGACGAAACCGCUCUAAGGCUAGAAGAAACUAUCAAGCGCCAGGUCGUACUCGAACAGGUCACCGAUCGCGUGAACGUUGAUCGAGUUCAUUCCAUGUUACGAACGAUCAUCCUGCGAAGGCAAUACAUGGUUGCUCGAGAGAUUGAGAGACAGCGGAAACGCGCUGAAGAACACGGCAUUCCUGCGAUUGUUGUGGAAAGCUCUCCUGCGACGCCGCCUCUAAUCGGCCAUCGGGAUCUGUCAGACGGGAGGACACUGUAUGCAUAUGAAGGACUUGAAUCGCCCAUACCAUCACCAGCAUUCCAACACUCUCACGAUACCAGCUUCAACAUAUCACCAUCACCCAGUCCGAAUCGACACGAUCGGCGCGUAUCAGACAUUAGCAUGCUUUCGACCGACUUGGCUGGAACACCCUCACCCCGUAGCUCUCAUGUCUUUGACGAAGCUGCGACCCAACAAGUUAUAUCCUCGCUCAAUAGUUCGCUCUGGGGAGAGAUGAUGCAGGAGGCAGAAGAUGAAGAAUAG